CGAGAAUUGGUUGCCUUGGCUGCAGUACAGAGUGACGCUAGAGGAUGUUUGAGGUUUAGCGGCAGAGAAAUCACCCGAAAAUUGCCAGACUAACGGAGGUAAACGGCUUUCGGCCAGAGAAGAUUUGCUGAUAUGUCCUGAGAUCCUCACAGCCAUUCCGUCGCCAACCCAGCAGUGUUGAAGGACACCAAACCGGGGCGACCAUUCAACUUUUGACCUUUUGUCAGACAGCAGUCUGCCACUGUUUUUGCUUCUAGAGCUUCUGAGAGGCCCAGACGGAGGAGCAGCACACAGCGGCCUUGACGGACGGGAAGACGUGCGAGAUUCCACAGGGAGAGGUCGGAAAAACGAAGAGAAGAGAAAGGAACGCAGGAGCGGAGGUGUGAAAGAUAGAGGACAAGUGGGGAAUUCCACGAGGCUGAAGCCAGGCGUGCGGAACAGAGAACAGGUUACCUCUCUAACUACAGAGGGCUACACACACACACACACACACACACACAGACACACACACACACACACACACCUCAACACUGGAGGGCUCCAAGGAUUUUAGCCAGAUGUCAAGAUAAUCGGACAGGAGUUCAGCAGCAUCAUCGUCCAACAAUUUCUCUGACCUCUCUGGAUUCUAUUUCUCGCACACUUUUUUUCCCACCCCUUCGUUUCUGGAAAACAUGACCUUGUGGUUGGGUUCUGGGGCCUUGUGGACAGUUUAGCGUUGGUGUCGAGAGUGGACGUGGACGUGACUGUGAGUGCGGCGUGUCGGUGCUGGCCAUGUCGUGGAAGAGGAACUACUUUGCGUCGGGCAGCAGCGGCCUUCAGGGCAUCUUUACCCCGCGCACCAUGACCUCCAUCGCCCCUAGCAAAGGGCUCAUUAAUGAGCCAGGACAGAACAGCUGCUUUCUGAACAGUGCUCUCCAGGUGCUCUGGCAUUUGGACAUCUUCCGUAGGAGCUUCCGUCAGCUGACCACACACAAGUGCAUGGAGGACUCCUGCAUCUUCUGUGCCCUCAAGAGCAUCUUUGCUCAGUUCCAGUUCAGCAGUGAGAAGGUGUUGCCGUCGGACGCCCUGCGCAGCGCUCUGGCCAAGACCUUCCAGGACGAGCAGCGCUUCCAACUGGGCAUCAUGGACGACGCCGCAGAGUGCUUCGAGAACAUUCUGAUGCGCAUUCACUUUCACAUCGCCAACGAGAGCAAGGAGGACAUCUGCACAGCCAAGCACUGCAUACCCCACCAGAAGUUCGCCAUGACUCUUUUUGAACAGUGUGUCUGCAGCAGCUGUGGUGCCUCCUCAGACCCCCUGUCCUUCAUCCAGAUGGUCCACUACAUCUCCACCACCUCUCUCUGUAACCAGGCAGUGCGGAUGCUGGAGUGCCGAGAGAAGCCCACUCCGGACAUGUUCGGGGAGCUGUUGCGCAACGCCAGCACCAUGGGGGACCUGCGCAACUGCCCGGGUAACUGUGGGGAGAAGCUGCGGAUCCGGCGCGUCCUGAUGAACUCCCCUGAGAUAAUCACCAUCGGCUUGGUGUGGGACUCGGACCACUCUGACCUGGCGGAAGACGUCAUCCACAGCCUCGGCACCAUCCUACGACUGGGGGAUCUCUUCUACCGGGUGACGGAGGAGAAGGCCAAGCAGGCGGAGCUCUACCUGGUGGGCAUGGUGUGUUACUACGGCAAACACUACUCCACCUUCUUCUUCCAGACCAAGAUCCGCAAGUGGAUGUACUUCGACGACGCCCACGUCAAGGAGAUCGGGCCCAAAUGGAAGGACGUGGUGUCUCGCUGCAUAAAGGGACACUACCAGCCGCUGCUGCUGCUCUAUGCUGACCCCCGGGGGACGCCGGUGUCAGCGCAGGACCAGCCCUCCCGACUGGAUCUGCACUACCUCAACAAGUCCUACUACGACAGCGAGGACUCAGGCCGCGAGCCGUCCAUCUCCAGCGACACGCGCACCGACUCCUCCACAGACAGCUACAGCUACAUGCACUCGCACUCGCACCAUGAGUCCAUGGCCAGCCACUUCUCCUCCGACUCCCAGGGCACUGUCAUCUGUAACCAGGACAACGACGCAGCCUCACACAGCAGCCUGGAGACCACAGGCCCAGUGACGGACAGCGAGCCACUGUCCCGCCACACACUCAGGAAGUCCGGCCUAGCAGACAGGAAGGGCGGGACUACAGACAGGAAGAGGAGUGCCAGCCGCCCACGCCGCUUUGAGGAGCGCAGCCGGGGGUCCCGAACAGACGAGGCGUCUUCAGCCGGCUACCACAGCGAGGGUGAGACUCUUAAGGAGCAGCAGGCUCCGCGCACCGCGCCCAAGCAGUCAUCGGGCAGCCGCCUGCGGGACUUCAAGGAGACCAUGAGCAACAUCAUCCACAGCCGCCCGCUCUCCUCCUCCACCUCCUUCAUCCCCUCCUCCACCGGCGGCAGCAGCUGUAGCGGUGUGGGUGGUGGAGGCGGCUCAGAGGCGGGGGCCCCGGCGUGCGACUGGGAGGCGGACAGCACCAGCAGCGAGUCCAAGUCCAGCUCCACGUCCGGGGGCCGCUACCGGCCGGCGUGGAGGCCUCGCCGUGAGGCCCUCAACAUCGACAGCAUCUUCAGCCGCGGGGGGCGGCGGCAGGCCGGUUACAGCCCUUUGAACGCCGGGCCGCUCGCCGAGGACGGAGGCUCCCCCACGGUCCAGCCGGACCCAGUGGCGGCGGCAACGACCACGCCGGCCACAGCGUCGCCGGCAACAAAAGACUUUGCCGCGGCGGCAGCCAUGACUACGGAUGGCCCCGCGUUCCGCUGCGGUGCCGGCUCGGCGACGCUCCCGGCGGCCCUGCGUGCUCACGAAGGGGAACAGCAGCAGCCGAGGCUGAUCCAGAGGAUGGAGAGCGGCUACGAGAGCAGCGAGAGGAACAGCAACAGCCCAGUCAGCCUGGACAUACCCAUCGGGGACAGCCACAGCAACUCACGCACACCCAGGGAUGGGGGUUUGAAGAAGCCAGCCGCCCCGAACGUGGGUCCAUCAUGGCGGAGUGUGCCCAAGUCCAAGAGUAGCAGUGCCCUGCUGCAGGACGUCCAGGCAGCCAGUAGGGGCAGCGCUCAGAGCAGCCAGGGUCCGUCCGAGGGCCGCAGCGAGCUGGACGAGCUCCAGGAGGAGGUGGCGCGGCGGGCGCGCGAGCAGGAGCAGCAGCGUCGGCGGGAGAAGGAGCGCGAGGCAGCCAUGGGCUUCAACCCGCGGCCCAGCAAGUUCAUGGACCUGGACCAGCUGCAGAGCCAGGGGAAAGGGGACAGCUUUGAGCGGUGCGUGUCGGAAGCGGACGCCCUCUUAGAUCAGUCUCUGCGCUUAGAGCAGGCCGGCGAGGUGGCCGCCGCUCUGUCUGUAGUUAACGAAGCCGUGUCUAAACUCAGGCUUCCCAUGCAUGAGGGCGGCACUAACACUCAUAGCAGGACAGUGGCUGAAGCCCGGCAGCAAAAAUGCAUGAGGAGAGCCAGAGGCCUGCAGCAGCGCAUGCAACAGCAGCAGCAGAAGCAGGAGCAGCAGAAGGAGCACAGACAGCAGCGUGAGGAAGAGGAGGAGGAAGAUGAGAAGGAGAGACCGCAGAAGCAGCCCCCCAGUGAAGAGUCUGGCCCGAUCCGAAUUCUUCUGACAGCGGCCUCAGAGGAGCCUGAGGAGCUAGCCCAGCAGGACUCCACCACCUCCACCAUCAUCACCACUGCUCCCCCACCUGCUCCUCACGUGUUGCCCAAGCCCGCUCCCAAAAGCCCCCACCCUUGCGCCCCCCACGCCUCCACAGGGCCUCUGCUGCACCCCCCUGCCCCCUCCGCCCCACACCGCCAAGGGAUCGCGGGAGACUGCAGCGCACGCCCCGCAGCGGAUGUGCUGACCGAGGGCCCCAGGCGGGAUGGCAGAGGUGCGAACGGUGCAAGUGACCAGUCCAAUGGCCUGUCGCCGCCCGUGCCCAAGGCCGUAAAGGAGAGUCCUCCUCCUCCUCCUCCUGCCAAGCUGCCGGUGCUGCCCAGUAAGCCUCCGGUCGCCCCUGUAUACUGGAACGGUCACGCCGGGGUGGCCACCCCGACGCCAGCCUCCCUGCACCCCCAACGCGCCCGCAGUCCCUCCCCAGCCCACCUGAGCCCUCAGGAUGCCCAGUGGGGGACCACACUGACCGGCAGACGCCCCUCCACCCACGGCUCCUCUCCCCAGCCCAACGGCCUCAUCCCGCCUUCCCCGACUCUCCUGGCCAAUCACAACGGGACUGGUUGGACCGUGGCUCACGCAGACCCGUCCCACGUCCCCUACCCCUCGCAGGUCUCUCACGGUGGAGCUGCAGCCCCCCAGCACGUCCCCCGCUCACCCUCCCCAUCUACAGAGCCCCGAGCAGGAGCAUGCAUGCCUGUGGAAUGCUGGGCCGAGAACAUCAACCGAUACUACAACUCCCAGAAUGCCCUCUCCUCCACCACCACCACCACCACCACCACCACCACCACUGCUGUUCCCACUGAGGAGCUCUCGGAGCUGGACUCCCUCUACCAGGCCAGCCUGCAAGCUUCCUCUGUGCCUCGUACCCCACGGGGUCACAGCCCCCAGCCAGGCUCCAGACCAGGCUCCGCAGCCAGGAAGCUCUUGUACGGCGGAACUCUCGGACGCUCCAAAACUCCCACCGCGGAGAUCGAGAGGAACGCCUACAGAACACCUGGUUACGUCAGUGCCCCAGAGGCGCCCACUAAGCCUGCGCAGCCUGCGAGUGCAGUGGAGUGUGACCGGGUGGGGGUGUGUGACGAUGCAUCCUACAGUGCCGAGAACCUGCGUCGUGUCGCCCGUAGCCUGAGUGGCACAGUCAUCGGGGGUCGACCUGAGCUGCUCUCUUCCUCCCGCAGCUUUGAGUCCUCUGUAACCAGGAUGCCAAAGCAUGCAGACGCGCGGGUCAUCUCACAUCACCAUAGCAAUUCCCCGCACUUCACAUCCUCCCCCACCUCCCCCCACUCCCCCUCCUUCCCCACCACCACCCCUCAGCACCUGUACCCCCACCCACACGCCCCCCCGACACACCCAACCCAGCAGCCUCGGGGACUCACAGGAGAUCACUCAAAGGUCAACCCCUUUCUGGCUAUGUUUGACCGGAGUGAAGCUCUCCAACGCGACUCCUACCACAACGUCGCCAUGAGCUACGGCACGCUCCCGCGGGCUCCGCGGCGGCCAGCACCGGCCAGGCAAUGGAGCCAACUGGACUCCGGCUACGCCACCCUCGCCCACCCCCGCCGCUCCGCGCCCCAAGACCGACCUGCAGAGGCCCCUUACAGGCGGCCCAUGCCCACGCACGCGAGCCGAGUUCCAGUGCCACCACCACCACCACCACCACCAUCGGCCCCCCAGCACCACGAGCUCCGCAGCCCACACACCCAGGCCCCCCCUCAGCCACUCCGCCUGGACGUGCCCCCCGAGGGCGACUGGAGGACUACCGGCUACCAGACGGUCACCCUGGGCGGCAGGAAUACCCAGCAGCAGCAGCAGCCGACGCAGCAACAGCAGCCCUUCGCCAGGACGGACUCCCGGAUGAGGCUGACCCGGAGCCCCUCGGUGGGUAGUCCGCUGUGCGCCCUGUGCCACCGCGCUCCCGCCGAGCCCAUGGCCGGCUACUGCCGCUCCUGCGGGGCACACGUGGCCCGCUUCCGCACCGCCAGCUGAACCCGCCGACCCGCUUGCACACCUGGGACACCUGCCACUACCACACACCUGGGCUCUCUUCUCACCUGCUACACCCCA